CCCAAUUAUGCUAUGGAGACUCCUCUGUAUCUAGCAGUAGAGAAGGGAUAUCAUGAUAUCGCUGUUCUGAUUUUGGUGACUUGCAAGUCUUCAUCUUAUCUCGGCCCCGGUAACAGAACUGCCCUGCACGCUGCAGCUAUACGGAAUUCGCCAGAAGUGGAACUGGUUUUACAGAAGCUGCCAAAUCUUACAAAGAAAGUCGACAAAUUUGGAUGGAAUGCACUUCAUUAUGCUGCUAAAUUUAAUCAUCAAGGAGUAGUAAGACAAUUAUUGUCUAAAUACAAGUUCAUGGCCUAUGUUACUGCCAAUAAUGACGACUCAAUGACUGCUUUACAUAUUGCGGUGACUCAAGGACAUGUAGCUGUCAUAAAAGAGCUUUUAUUGCAUUGCCCAGAUUGUUGGGAGAGGAUCACAUAUAAACGCCAGAACAUCCUUCAUCUUGCUGUAAAAUAUGAACAAAGAGAAGUGUUGGAAUUUUUCUUACAGUAUUCUUGGGCUUCUGAACUCAUCAACCAAAAGGAUUCUAAAGGAAACACUCCUCUCCACCUGUAUGUUGCCACCAAAAACUUAGAUGGUAAUAGCCUUGUAAAUCACCCUUGUGUUGAUAUCAGUGCUUUCGACAAUUCCAAUUCCACUGUUCUUGACAACAUACUUCACAGCCGUGAGCUUACUGGAAGACAGGUUUUGAUCAAGGAAGAGUUGGAGCGAGCAGGUGCUAGUCCAGGUUAUCGAAAUGUUGGUACUGUGAAGAAGAAUUUAGGAGCACCAAAAACCGAAGAACCAGAAAAACUGGAAAGUUUGGCUGGGACUUACUUGAUUGUGGCUACACUGAUUGCAACAGUCACUUUCACGGCAGGUUUUACCAUCCCAGGUGGAUACAAUGAUAGUGAGAGUCCAAACAAAGGGCUGGCGGUUCUAGGAAACAAAGCAAUUUUUAUAACAUUUGUUAUUUCAGAUUCCUUGGCAAUAAUGAUCUCCGUUCAUGCAGUCCUCCAUCUAAUUUUGCUCUUGCAAAGCAACAACCACAAGUUCAAGUUAGCUAUGCUCCACGGAGGUAGGGCUUCAAUUUUCAUGGCCAUGAUCCUGAUGAUGAUAGCAUUUCUGACGGGCUUGUCUUCUGUGUUACCAAUGCUGCAUAUCAAGAUUCUGUUGUGCGUCCUUGCUGCUAUAUAUUGCUAUCAUAUACCUUUGGACCUCGUUCAGUUUUUAAGGAACACUAGGUGUAGUAGAUAUGUAACUAUGUUUAGACAUACCGAGGCUGAUUAUUCUUGGUAUAUAGGUCCAUUCAGAGUUUGGGUUCAAGAUUUGACUGAAGAGGAUGAGUUUUGGUAGCAUUUUGUCACCAAAAAACUGCAAUAAUAUCUUUCCUUUUCCGCAUACAUUGGAGGCUAUGAGCUAUGUAAACCAUUAUGGCAUUCUUUUACUAUUUUCAAUAUCUUUUCUAUUA